CUUCACAUGAAUUGACAAAACAUAUGACAAUUGUUUUGAAAGCACUUUUGCCGAAGACAUCACCCGAUAGGUUGUGUUGAGUGAAUGGCCAGCAAAACGGCGGUAGUGUUGGGCGGAGGCAUAAGUGGUCUUUCGUGCGCUUAUUAUCUGCAAAAGUUUUGCCGGCAUUUGAAUGCAUUCAAUAAGAUUGUGGUACUGGAGAGCGGAUCCCAUUUGGGCGGUUGGCUCAAGACGUGUCAAUUCGGGAAUGGCGUGAGGCAUGAGUUGGGACCGCGGACUCUGAGGGCCUCACAGAAUGCCGGCUAUAAUGUCCUCUCAAUGGUUGAAGACAUCGGUCUCGCGGAUCAAGUGAUAGGCACUUCCGUGACGUCGAGUGUGACCAAAAAGAGGCAGAUUGUAAUGAACAACGAGUUGGUAACGCUUCCCAACAGGCCUUUAGAUUAUUUACGAAAACCAAAAGCAUUUCCCAAACGAUUGAUAUCUUAUAUUAUCAAAGACUUAAAGACACCGAAAAUAGAUUUAAGUAAAUAUGAAAACGAUUGCAGUGUUUAUGAGUUCUUUGAGUACCGAUUGGGCAAAGAAGUGGCCGAUUAUAUAUUCGAUCCGUUGUGUCGCGGAAUCACUGCCGGCGACUCCAANAUCAAAGACUUAAAGACACCGAAAAUAGAUUUAAGUAAAUAUGAAAACGAUUGCAGUGUUUAUGAGUUCUUUGAGUACCGAUUGGGCAAAGAAGUGGCCGAUUAUAUAUUCGAUCCGUUGUGUCGCGGAAUCACUGCCGGCGACUCCAAGAAGUUGUCAGUGAUGUCAAUGUUUCCGCAGAUGCUUCGCGCCGAACAAGAGGCCGGUUCUUUGAUUGCGGGAACCCUUCUGUCGGGCGCCAGAGAGAGCGCCCAAAUGCAUACGAGUCCUCUCGUCCAGAAAGCCGUGAAGAAUAAGUGGAGUACUUAUACAUUCAAAGAAGGCAUUCAAGCGCUUCCCAACCGAUUGUGUGAUUACAUGUUGACUCUGGAGGACAAUCCCAUAGAAAUAUACAACAACUCCACUGUCAAGCAAAUCGCAUUCAAUCAAAGCGCAAAGUCAGCUCUCAUUAGUAUCUCGACCCCCGAUGACAGUAAUGUCGAAAUAGAAGCCGAGUAUAUCUUCUCAUCGCUUCCAGCGAAUAGUUUGGCCAAAGUGUUGCCCAAUGAAUACAGCGAUUUAUCCGAUGUCUUAAAUGAAAUAAAGACAGUAAAUAUGGCUGUCGUUAAUCUGGAAUUUGAUGGCAAAUUAAUGGCCGCCGAUUCCGGGUUCGGGUUUUUAGUGCCCUCGUGUGAAGACUCGAAAAUAUUGGGAAUUAUUUAUGAUUCUUGUGUUACACCAGAAUUCAAUGCCGGACAAGAUAUCACAAGACUUACGGUAAUGAUUGGCGGCGAAUGGUUUGAAGAGGUUUUGGGUGAUGUGGACACUGUUGACGAGCAAAAGCCAUUGGAUAUUGCCUUAGAAGCGGUGGCGAAGUAUCUCAAAAUAAACUUCGAUCCCCUCCGAUAUAUCGUUACUAUAAAUCGAAAUUGUAUUCCUCAGUACUAUUUAGGACAUCAACGAAGGCUUCAAACAAUUGACGAAUUAAUUAAAAAGUAUUCAAUGAAUAUGACAUUAAUGGGUGCCUCGUAUCAGGGCUUUAGUGUUCCCGAUUGUAUCCAUUUCGCUAAGUUGUCGGCAGAGAGUUAUGCCAAUGCUAUCAAAGGUGUCGCCUCUCAAACACACUCCCAGUCUAGUCAACAGAAGGAUCAGAUAAAGCAAUGAUUGCAAGCAUUUAAUCGUUAAUUAGUUUAAUUGUGUUUCAAUUAUAAUGACAAUAAAGAGAACUUUUAUUAUGUUUUAAGAUUGUGGUCAUAAUAAGCACUGUAUGAGUGCUUUUGGGAAUAAACGUGAUGAGCAUAAUAUGCAGAUUAUGGUAAGUUU